AUGUUCAAUCUUAACUUUUCGGCUAAAAUCAGAGAAGCUGAAGAACAUGUAAAGCAAGGGGAAAAAUAUAUGAAGACAUCAUUUCUUAAAUGGAAACCAGAUUUAGAUUCAGCUAUUGAUGAAUUUGAUAAAGCAUGUACUUGUUAUCGCGUAGCUGAAAAAUAUGACCAAUGCCGAGAUUUAUCAAUACGAGUGGCUGAAUUACAGAUUCAAAAAGGAACUCCAUUUUUUGCUGCUAAAUCCUACGAACAAGCAGCACAAAUGACACAACAAUUACAAGAUCUGCCAACAGCUGCUAAAUAUUAUGACCGAGCAGGACAAUUAUAUGUUGAAGGAGGUUAUCGUGAUUCGGGUGCAAUUCUAUAUGAACGUUGUGCACUACAAUUUCAACAAAUGGAUCGUGCUGUUACAAUUGAUUUCUAUCUUAAAUCUGCACGUUUAGCCGAGCAAGAAGAUAAAGCAUAUCAAGCUGCUGAUCUAUAUGAAAAAGCAGCGAUGCAGGCGAUACGAAUGAGUAAUUUUCCGAAGACGAGCGAAUUACUCGAAGAAGUAACAGAGAUUCUUACGAAAAUCGACCGAUUUGAUCGAAUCAAUCGAAUUAUACUCUAUAGAGUACUACUUAAAUUGUUCAAUGAAGAUAGUGUUGCUGGCCGAAAUAUUUUUAAUCAAGCUUGUCAAAAUUAUCCAACAUUUGAUAAUUGGGAAGAACGAGAUCACAUUGGAUCAUUACUCGAUGCAUUCGAUCUGGAUGACAAAGACUUAAUUAGUCAACGUUGCCAAAAACCUUUUUUCAUGGCUAUUGAACCGGAAUUUGUUCGAUUAAUGAAACGAUGGAUUCGUCCAACAACAGAUACGCAAUCAUCAAAUAAUGCAGCUCAACAACGAACAACGAAUUCUACUGCGCCAUCGACCAGCAGCGGAACGAAACCAAUACAAUUAGAUGAUGACGAUGAUUUACGUUAA